AUGCUCAGUGGUGGCUAUGUGCCGAGCAACACUUUAUCCAUCAUUGCUCUGGUCCUGUUUGGUCUACUGGCCUUGAUCUACUGGCUUCGUUUCUUCCGCCAAGGCCGCCACAGGUACAUGCUUGUCCUAGGCAUCUCCACUACAACCAUGGCUAUAGGCUUUGCGACCCGGAUCGUCUUUGCUGGAAAUCCGACGUCUCUAGGCAUAUACAUCAUCACCAUCUUGCUCACCCUCCUCUCGCCAUGCGGAUUUAUCGCUUUGAAUUAUGUGCUCCUACCUCGAAUCGCGAGUCACGUCGGAGCUCAAGAUGCCCUCUUCAUCAGACCUCGAUGGAUCGCCCGUAUCUACGUCACUAGCGAUAUCACAACGUUCUGGUUACAGGCAUGUGGUGGUGGAUUGACAGCCAUCCAGAAUCCCAAUAUCGCCAACCUGGGUCACUGGAUCUCUUUGGCUGCUCUCAGUGCACAAGCUGCGUCCUUCGCUUCCUUCACAUUCUUGGCUAUUGUCUUCGCCGUCAGAGUCAGCCCAAAGUACAUCGAGAUGGUUCAACGCCAUUCGGUGGGAGCGCGAGAUGAGGCAGAAGGACAGGCAGUCACCGCCAGAAAUUGGAAGGUACUUUACUUUGCCAUGAUGUGGACGACCGUCGGAAUCAUGAUCCGAUGCAUCUACCGAAUCAUCGAGUACUCACAAGGAUACGACGGCUACAUUCCGACUCACGAGGUGUUCUUCUACACACUUGAUAGUCUGCCCUUGUUCCUAGCCAUAUCCGUUUGGACCGUCAUCUGGCCUCCGAGCUACAUCAACCAUGCCAAGGUGGAAGCAGAACAGCAGACAUCAAAUGGCAACACCACCCCCUCUCUCGAGGCCAAACCAUAGAGCAUCGCCAUCAUUGUUCUCCAUAGCUCCUCCCAAGGGAGUGAAUAAAGGACCCCGCCUCGAAUAGACAUUGCAGUAGACGACACGUAGACAACAUAUAGGACACUGGCGGCAGAGUUAAAAGAGACGACCAUCGACCCAUGAAUUUCUAUUUGAUACAUGAUCUUCCAAUGAUCCUCUCUAGAUUCGUUCUGACUGUCUCUUCUCAUGGACACUCUUAGCCAUCUAGCACAAAUCAGGAACGUCUUCUUUUCCAUCGCCUGGAUGACCUACCUCAAUGAGCUGAGCUUCUUCUCCGCUCUGUCUGCAUAGAUCCCUAAAUGUUCCGUGCUCCUUCUGCAUGAGUUCCCAAGGUGUUCCGUACUCGACAACCUGUCCUUGAUCCAGCACUAAGAUCCUGAUAGCGUCAGCUUGACACUCCCUCCGACC